CAGAGAAGCAGUGGUGAUAAAAAAGAGGCUUUCAAGAGAAAGCUAGGGAGCCAACAACGCCCUCGUCACCGAAUUGCAAGUCUAUAGAUUCUCAAUGGUCCAGGCUAAUAGCUGAGAGGAGCAGUUUGAGACUGAAUUGAAAUAUUUCCGCGGAAAGACGUUCGGCUAGGGAGCCAGGGAGCCAGGGAGCCAUGGAGCCGGGAGAAAGAAGCCCUCAGCAGAUAAGGCAAGCGCUGCUUUUCUUUGUUUUCCUGGGAGGGUCUUUGGUGUGUUCAGGGACCUGGCGCUAUUCUGUGGCAGAGGAAAUGGAGAUCGGCUCUUUUAUAGGCAACGUGGUGAAAGACAUAGGUUUGGGCGUGGAAGACCUGGCUGCGCGGGGGGCCAGAGUCAUCUUUGAUGACUAUAAACCAUACUUGCAAUUGGAUCGGCAGACUGGCAACUUGAUCUUAAAUGAGAAACUGGACCGGGAGGCGCUUUGCGAUCUCACCGAGCCAUGCAUAUUAAAUUUCCAGAUAUUAUUAGAAAAUCCUUUGCAAUUUUUUCGAGCUGAGCUUAGGGUCAAAGACAUAAAUGAUCACACUCCCACGUUUCUAGACAAACAUAUACUUCUGAAAAUCUCAGAAAGUACUACUCCAGGAACCUCAUUCCAAAUGGAUAGCGCUCAGGACUUGGAUGUAGGAAAGAAUGCUGUUCAAAACUACACAUUAAGCCCCAAUCCUCAUUUCCACCUUAAACUGCAAGACAGUGAGGAGGGUAGAAAAUACGCAGAGCUGUUGCUGGACCAACCUCUGGAUCGAGAAAAGGAGCCUGAACUUAGAUUAACACUAACAGCCCUGGAUGGUGGGUCUCCGCCCAGGUCUGCAACUGCACUGGUGCGUGUGUUGGUCUCAGAUAUCAAUGACAAUGCCCCAGAGUUUGAGAGGUCUGUCUAUGAGGUUUUGGUACCAGAAAACAGCCCUCUGGACUCCUUGGUCGUCAAGGUGUCUGCUACAGAUUCAGAUGCAGGACUAAAUGGAGAACUAUCUUAUUCAUUUUCCCACGCCUCCAGAGACAUACGGAAAACAUUUGAAAUCCAUCCCAUUUCUGGCGAAGUCCGUUUAAAAGCACUUCUGGAUUUCGAGUUAAUUAAGUCUUAUACAAUAAAUAUUCAGGCCAUUGACGGUGGGGGCCUUUCAGGAAAAUCAGCAAUUUUAGUUAGUGUUGUAGAUGUGAAUGACAACCCACCAGAAAUAGUCAUAACAUCUCUUACCAGCCCCAUACCGGAAAAUUCGUCACCUGACAUGGUAGUCGCUGUUUUUAGCCUACGAGACCAAGACUCUGGGGACAACGGGAGGAUGGUUUGCUCAAUUCAGGACAAUCUCCCCUUUCUCUUGAAGCCUACCUUCAAAAAUUUCUACACCCUGGUAACAGAGAGCGCUCUGGACAGAGAGAAAAGAGCCGAGUACAACAUCACCAUCACCGUCACUGACAUGGGA